AUUCGACUUGUCCUACAGAACCUUCCGCGCAGUUUGAGUGAAACAUAUAACCGGCUACUGAAUAGAAUCGAGGGCGUCGAGAGAAAAGAUAUGAUCCAAAGGAUGUUCAAAUGGAUUGUGUGUGCACGCGAACCGAUACACCUGGAAGAAUUGCGAGAAGCUAUUGCAUUCACGUUGGAAGAUCUUGCAUACGACUCUGGAAAGCUUCCCACAGACUUGAAUCGCCUUAUUCGUGCUUGCGGUAAUCUUGUGGUAGUUGAUGAGGAGACACAAAUCAUCCAACUCGCACAUCACACUGUGCAACAAUACCUGUUACAACAAGAUGGCAGUCCUUUCCAAUUCACAAUCAAGGAUGCCAAUGUAAUGGCUGGCGAAUUCUGCGUGGCAUAUCUGAGCUUCGCUAAUUUUGAGAGCCAAGUUACAAGAUACGCGGAAAAUAAGAAUACGGACAUG